AACUGUGCCAAAAAUGUGCAUAACUUUAUGUACUUACCAUUUGGGUUUUGUAAAACCUACUGAUGAUUUUUCAGUUUUCUGUCCUUUAUAAUUUAAAUAUGCUUUUUGGGUCUUCAUAUUAAAAAGUUAUUUGUGUGCUAAGUUUUAUGUUUGAUAUAUCUGUUAAUGCUUAAUCACAGUAAAUCAUUUUCCCACACAUUUUAUAAUUUCUAAAUUUAUAAGCUCAUCUUUAGUGGGGAUUGUUUUUGGUUUUGUUUUGGUUUGGUUUUUCUACUUGAAGAAUCCCAUGUGGCCUUGUUUAUGGAGUGUUACUUUAAAAUGGUUUUAUGUUUGUUUUUUCCAGAUACUCCUGGGAUUUCACUGGCCCAGCAUCCAAUUUCUUAGUUUGGGGAUCCUUAAUUUUUUAUCUUGAAAAUUCUCAUACAAAUAAGAUUCAGACUUCAAAAGUGUUGUGUCAUAGGUUUAGGAUUUUAAUUUCUGGUUACAGCAUUUUCCCUGCCCUCUCACCCAGAUUCUCAGAGACAAGUUUUACUAAAACAGUGAGUGAAUUUCUCCUACCCCCACCACCCCACUGCCUUUUUAACUGUGAUUGUAGCCCUUUGAAGACAGCUCUGGUUUUAUGGUACCAACUUUAUACCUUAUGUGUGCCAAGACCUCUUCUGUCUCAACAUGGGCGUCAAGACUGCUAUAUACAGAUGUGCAGAUUGUAUCCUGUGUUGAGGAAAAGUGGGGCCAGAAAUCUAGUAUAGCUCUGCUUUCUUGAGGGAGCAUUUUCUUCUGAUCUUUUCUCCUUGAAGGGCAUCCUGUUAGGACCAAUUUGAAUCUAGACUUAAGCACUGAACAGAUUCACUGAGUAUUCCUGGUUGCCACAGCUAGCAGUAUUUGCUUUUGUGCUUACCACUUUGUCCAUGGAUUCCAGCUUUCCUUUGGCACCAGGGAAUUUUCUUUAUUGCAAGUAAAACUAUGUUUUUAAUUUUUUUACACUUAUUUUCUAAGUGUUUUGUAGUGGAAAGUCUUUAUUAACUCAGUUGACCAUAUUGCUGUGCUUGGAAUUCCCAUAAGUUACUUAUUAACCACUAUUGCUCAGAUUCUGCCUAUAAUGAGUGAUAAUGGCGUCUAUCUGUAUAGUCUUAAUUUAGAGCAUAAGUAAGUUCUCAGUCAGUGCUAGCCAUUAUUAUUGGCAUAAUUUAAAACCUUUUUUAACCACCUUAGGCAAGAGUUGGAAGUAUAGUAGUAGCUAUGUUUACUUACUUAACAAGAAGAGGAAGUCUUAGUUAACGCCCUAGAGAAACCAAAGGAGAAAUUGUGUUCAUUAUACAACAAUGCCAACUGAAGCUUAGAGUCCCACCCUUUUUUUUUGAUACGCCAAAGGUCGCUUGGCACAUAAAUGAACUCAGAGGAAUGUCCUCUCAAUAUUGCCUGGAUGAUUGCUUAGAGAAGUUUUGCCUGAAUUGUGUGGGUAGAACAUAGGUGUGAAAGCCACAAUGAAUGGUCAUAUUUCUAAUCAUCCCAGUGGUUUUGGAAUUUACCCAUCUCAAAUGAAUGGCUACGGAUCAUCACCCACCUUUUCUCAGAUGGACAGAGAACACAGUUCAAAAACAAGUGCAAAGGCCCUUUAUGAGCAAAGGAAGAAUUAUGCACGCGACAGUGUCAGCAGUGUGUCAGAUAUAUCCCAGUACCGUGUUGAACACUUGACUACCUUUGUUCUGGAUCGGAAAGAUGCUAUGAUAACUGUCGAUGAUGGAAUAAGGAAGCUGAAAUUGCUUGAUGCCAAGGGCAAAGUAUGGACUCAGGAUAUGAUUCUUCAAGUGGAUGACAGAGCUGUGAGCCUGAUUGAUUUAGAAUCAAAGAAUGAACUGGAGAAUUUUCCUUUAAACACAAUCCAGCACUGCCAAGCUGUGAUGCAUUCAUGCAGCUAUGAUUCAAUUCUUGCCCUAGUGUGCAAAGAGCCAACCCAGAACAAGCCAGAUCUUCAUCUGUUCCAGUGUGACGAGAUUAAGGCAAACCUAAUAAGUGAAGAUAUUGAAAGUGCAAUCAGUGACAGUAAAGGAGGGAAACAGAAGAGGCGGCCCGAUGCCCUGAGGAUGAUUUCCAAGGCAGACCCUGGUAUACCACCUCCACCAAGAGCUCCUGCCCCUGCACCCCCUGGGACUGUUACCCAGGUGGAUGUUAGAAGUCGAGUGGCAGCCUGGUCUGCAUGGGCAGCUGACCAAGGGGACUUUGAAAAACCAAGGCAGUAUCAUGAGCAAGAAGAAACACCAGAGAUGAUGGCAGCCCGCAUCGACAGAGAUGUGCAAAUCUUAAACCACAUUUUGGAUGACAUUGAAUUUUUUAUCACAAAACUGCAAAAAGCAGCUGAGGCAUUUUCUGAGCUUUCUAAAAGGAAGAAAACUAAGAAAGGUAAAAGGAAAGGACCAGGAGAGGGUGUUUUAACUCUACGUGCAAAACCCCCUCCUCCUGAUGAAUUUGUUGAUUGUCUCCAAAAGUUUAAACAUGGAUUCAACCUUCUGGCCAAAUUGAAGUCUCAUAUUCAGAAUCCCAGUGCUGCAGAUUUGGUUCACUUUUUAUUUACUCCAUUAAAUAUGGUGGUACAGGCAACAGGAGGGCCUGAGUUAGCCAGUUCAGUACUCAGUCCCCUAUUGACCAAGGACACAAUUGAUUUCUUAAAUUAUACUGUGAAUAUGGAUGAACGGCAGCUGUGGAUUUCAUUGGGAGAAACUUGGAUGAAAGCCAGAGCAGAGUGGCCAAAAGAACAGUUUAUUGCACCUUAUGUUCCGCGGUUCCGCAACGGCUGGGAGCCCCCAAUGCUGAACUUCAUGGGAGCACCAAUGGAGCAAGACCUUUAUCAGUUGGCUGAAUCUGUGGCAAAUGUAGCAGAACAUCAGCGCAAACAAGAAAUAAAAAGAUUAUCCACAGAGCAUUCCAGUGUAUCCGAGUAUCCUCCACCUGAUGGAUAUGCAUUCAGUAACAACAUGUACACAAGAGGACCCCAUCUGGACCAAGGGGAAGCUGCUGUUGCUUUUAAGCCAACUCCUAAUCGCCAUGUAGAUAGAAAUUAUGACCCACUCAAAACACAACCCAAGAAAUAUGCCAAAUCCAAGUAUGACUUUGUGGCAAGGAACAACAGUGAGCUCUCAGUUCUAAAGGAUGAUAUUUUAGAGAUACUUGAUGAUAGGAAGCAGUGGUGGAAAGUUCGAAAUGCAAGUGGAGACUCUGGAUUUGUGCCAAAUAACAUUUUGGAUAUUGUGAGACCUCCAGAAUCUGGAUCGGGGCGUGCUGAUCCACCUUAUACACAUACAAUACAGAAACAAAGGAUGGAGUAUGGCCCAAGACCAGCUGAUACCCCCUCUGCUCCAUCACCUCCUCCAACACCAGCUCCUGUUCCUGUCCCCCUUCCACCUUCUGCUCCAGCACCUGUUCCCGUGUCAAAGGUCCCAGCAAAUGUAACCCGUCAGAACAGCAGCUCCAGUGACAGUGGUGGCAGUAUUGUGCGAGAUAGCCAGAGACACAAGCAACUUCCAGUGGACCGAAGGAAAUCUCAGAUGGAGGAAGUGCAGGAUGAACUCAUCCACAGACUGACCAUCGGUCGCAGUGCCGCUCAGAAGAAGUUCCAUGUGCCACGGCAGAAUGUGCCAGUUAUCAAUAUCACUUAUGACUCCACACCAGAGGAUGUGAAGGCAUGGUUACAGUCAAAGGGAUUCAACCCUGUGACUGUCAAUAGUCUUGGAGUAUUAAAUGGUGCACAACUUUUCUCUCUUAAUAAAGAUGAACUGAGGACAGUCUGUCCUGAAGGGGCCAGAGUCUUUAGCCAAAUCACUGUACAAAAAGCCGCAUUAGAGGAUAACAAUGGCAGCUCUGAAUUGCAAGAAAUCAUGCGAAGACGACAAGAAAAAAUCAGUGCCGCUGCUAGUGAUUCAGGAGUGGAAUCUUUUGAUGAAGGAAGCAGUCAUUAAUUUGUUUAUUUGUUUUUAAACUCCAUUAUUCUUGGCAUUAUUCCAACACGCUUUGUUUUAAGAAGCCUUGAAGGGAAUGUCAAAUUCAUUUUUCUUGGGAUAAUUUAUCACCGUAAAAAACCAACACAAACCUGAGUAAGCAGAGGACUCACUUCUGGAAUCAUGAUUUUUAUUAAAACUGAAAAUUUUUAAACUGAAUUUUUUGACCUUGGGAAAUAUUUUUCUUGCUUUACCAAGGUUAGGUUUCCUUUAUUAGAGUAAUUAUUUCAUCACCAUCUCAGUGUGUACACAGGAAUUUUUUUGACAGUGGUGGAUUUAUUCACUACAACAAAGCAAAGAUAUUAUCCAUGAUUCAAAAUCUAAACAGUUUGAAUUUUGCCUGUGAAUAUUGUGUCUGUCAUUCAGAGUAUAGCUCACUUUAGGCUAGCCUCUGCUUAUUUAGGUUUCUUCUCUGACAUAUUCAAUGAUAUAAUAUUUAGAUUUAUUUAAAGUUCUUAAUGCCAAUAGUUAAAAAAUUGAAACAUGUGAAUGAACUAUAAAGCAUAGCCAGGCCUUGGACGUGCAGAUAUGAACCUAUGGAGCAUUC